AUGGACCAUGAGCAGAUCCCCCCAGCGCCGGCAGCUCCUCCCGAGGUGAAGGUGCCUAGUACCAAAAUCCACCUUAUUUCCGGGGGAAGCGCUGGUUUGGUGUCUGCCUUCACGCUCCAGCCAUUGGACUUGUUGAAGACGAGGUUGCAACAGCAACGUCGCACUAACACCGGUUUGAAGACGUCUAUCACCAAGGAGUUGAAAAAAUUGGCCAAUAUUAGAGAUCUCUGGAGAGGAGUUUUGCCUUCGACAUUGCGGACAUCGGUCGGAGCCGGGUUAUACUUCACCAUUCUCUCGCAGACAAGAACAUACAUUGCAAGCUUGAAGAAGGUGAGCGAGAAAUCGAGCUCGAGUGUGUUGCCAAAACUUUCUCAUGCUGAAAAUUUGGCCACUGGCUUUGUCGUGAGAGCUGCCGUGGGUGUGAUCACCAUGCCGAUCACAAUUAUAAAAACCCGGUUCGAGUCGAACUUAUACAAUUACAAUUCCAUGUAUGAGGGCUUCGAAGGGAUAUAUAACGAAGGCGGCGGACCAAAGGGGUCGUUCAAGAACUUCUUCAAAGGUACUGCUGCCACGUUGGCCAGGGAUUGCCCUUACGCAGGUUUAUACGUUCUCUUUUAUGAAAGUUUUAAGAACGAUGUUAUUCCCUCGCUUUUGGUGCCUUUCAGAAGAAGCAUUCACGAUAACUACCUCGCGAGUGUGACGAAUUCUCUGUCUGCGGUGUUGGCAGCGUCGGUUGCAACCACCAUAACUGCUCCUUUCGAUGCCAUCAAGACAAGACUACAGCUCAUUGUGAGUAUGGGAAGGCCACCCACUAUAUGGACAGCAACAAAGCAAAUUAUUCUGGAACCUGGUGGAGUGAAGAACCUCUUUAACGGUCUCUCUCUCCGACUUGGCCGCAAGGGCCUCAGCGCAGGCAUCAGCUGGUGUAUAUAUGAAGAGCUUCUCAAGUUUUUGUGA